AUGAGCGGUUCCUGUUGUGGCUCCAACUUCUCCUCCUGUGGGGGAGGCUGCUGUCAGCCCUGCUGCAGCAGAGACCCCUGCUGCUGCCGCCCUGUGUCCUGCCAGACCACCGUGUGCCGCCCCGUGACCUGCGUGCCCCACUGCACACGCCCCAUCUGUGAGCCCUGCCCCAAGCCCAUCUGCUGUGACCCAUGCAGCCUGCAGGAAGGCUGCUGCCGGCCCAUCUCCUGCUGCCCCACGUCCUGCACGGCCGUGGUCUGCAGACCAUGCUGCUGGGCCAGCACCUGCUGCCAGCCCAUCUCUGUGCAGUCCCCCUGCUGCAGACCCCCCUACUGCCAGCCUGCCCCCUGCCGCACCACCUGCGGGCCUUCCUGCUGCUGA